UGAAAUGUUUCAGCGGAACAGCCAGAGAUUCCCUGAAAGUUGAUCCUUUUUGUGGGGAAAGUACCCCACGCUCUCCCUGGUGUUUCCCCCCAUUUGUUUUGUAUUUGUUAUUGUUUGUCCCGGCUCUUUGAUUUGUUUAUGCUUUUGGGCCAUCAAUGAGUGUGCGUCUAUGACGGCUGACCGCGUGGCAAGUUGAGAGCCAAAGCCCGUUUCAUUGACGCAAAACUCCACACGAGCGAACAAGACAUUUUUGGGCCAGAGAUUUUUGCAUCACAGAUCACGGCGAAUGGAAACUAGUUUCCGCAGCACGAGCCCGCCGCAUGAUCGCGAGGCGAUUUCGGGAGGGUAUAAAAGCAGAGCACACAGCUCACAAUUCCAACACACCAAUUCGUGGAGCUUUCGCAGUUAAAUCUCUUGCAAAGAUCUCAAACAAAAUUCACCCAAACGUAGAGCAACAAAUGUGUCAAUGAAGACACCGGACACCAAAGCGAAGCUACUUGAUAAUAUUAGUCUCUCCAAACAUCUGUCUUCUAAGAAGGGCGGCUCUCGCACUAGCAACUGCGGCAAUUGUCUGGAAUUCUCGGUGCUCACGCGGCUAUCCAGUGUGCCCUGAAUCCCCCACACAAACACGGCUCCAUCCAGCUCCA